UUGUUUUACAGAUUUAAAUAUACUUCAACCUUUGAAUUUUUAAAAAAUAGAGUAAAACUAAUAUAUUGUAACCAUGUUGAGGUGGUUGAGGAGCGAACAGAAGGAGAGAGAACCUGAGGUCUUUCAGGAUAUUGCUGUUGGUCUCAAAAAACUCUACAAGACACGAUUACGGCAAUUGGAAGAAGCUUAUAAAUUCCAUGAUUUUCAUUCACCUGCACUUGACGAUGCUGAUUUUGAAUCAAAGCCUAUGGUUUUACUGAUUGGUCAAUAUUCAACUGGAAAAACAACAUUUAUUAAAUAUCUUUUGGAUCAAGAAUUUCCAGGAAUGAGAAUUGGCCCAGAGCCAACUACUGAUUGUUUUAUAACAAUCAUGAAAGGAGAUGAUUCCAAAGAUGGCGGAGUUAAUGAAGGAGUUAUACCAGGCAAUGCUCUUGUAGUGGAUAAAACUAAGCCAUUUCGAGCAUUAACAGCAUUUGGAAACGCUUUUUUAUCACGAUUGCAAUGCUCUCAGUUGGAUAAUGAAGUUUUAAGCAGUAUCACAAUUAUUGAUACACCAGGAAUAUUAUCAGGAGAAAAGCAGCGAGUCAAUCGUGGAUAUGAAUUUGAUAAGGUCCUUGGUUGGUUUGCUGAAAGAGUUGAUCGCAUUAUUCUACUCUUUGAUGCUCAUAAAUUGGAUAUAUCAGAUGAAUUUCAUCAAGCGAUCAAUGCCGUGAAAUCCUAUGACUCGAAGAUUCGUGUCGUUCUGAAUAAAUCUGAUCAAGUCAACACACAGCAAUUGAUGAGAGUGUAUGGUGCCUUGAUGUGGUCCCUUGGAAAGGUUAUAACAACACCUGAAGUUGUCAGAGUAUACAUUGGAUCAUUUUGGGACGAACCUCUCAAUCAUGCGGAAAACAGAGCGUUAUUUGAAAAAGAAAAAUACGAUUUGUUUGAAGAUAUCCAGAGUUUACCAAGGAAUGCUGCACUCAGAAAAUUAAAUGACCUGAUUAAGAGAGCCAGAUUAGCAAAGGUGAAUGCAUACAUUAUCAGCCAUCUUCAUGAUCAGAUGCCAAGUGUAUUUGGAAAGGAAAAAGCGAAAGCAAAACUAAUCAGCGAUCUUGAUAAAAUAUUCCAGAUUAUCUCGGACAAGUACAAGAUUCCUCUUGAACAUGUGGAUCCAUCUAAAGGAAUAGCUAGAGCCAGUGACUUCCCAAAUGUUAAUGAAAUGAGGGAAAAUUUGAAGAAAGCUGAUUUUUCAAAGUUCAAGUCUUUGAAUGAAUCAAUGAUCAGGAGGGUUGACGAUAUGCUUGCAAAAGAUAUUGCUGAAUUAAUGAAGUUGAUACAAAAAGAAGAAGCAAUGGCAAAUCAGAAAGUCAAACAAGAUGGACCUCAAGUCAAAGGUGGAGCAUUUGCAACUUCCAAAGAUAAUCCAUUCAGUGAGAAGUGGGGUGUUGGCGUUAACGCUGGUAUUGAUGAAGGAACAGAAGGCUGGAUUGUUGAACAAGACAAACCUAGAUAUGAUGAAAUAUUCCAUGGUUUAAAACCAAUCAACGGAAAAGUGAAAGGAAGUGCUGCAAAACCGGUCAUGGAGAAAUCCAAACUCAAUAAUACCAUACUAAGCAAAAUUUGGAAGUUGGCUGAUCACGAUAAAGAUGGUGCAUUAACUGAUGAAGAAUUUGCUUUGAGUAUGCAUCUCAUACAACUGAAAGUUGAUGGGCACGAUCUUCCUGACAAAUUACCAGAACAUUUAAUUCCGCCUAGUCAAAGAACAACAAAUCCAUUUUGAUCAACUUGUAUGAAGAAUAUGUGAUGCUUGCGAACUCUUGAGACAACAGAACCGAAUGGAGAAAUAUAAUUUCAAUCAGAUCAUUACAUUUCAUUAUCUCUCGUUACGACAUCAUUGUUCAAGUUUUGGAUCACCUUGUUAUCAGAAGAAACUUCACAAAAUACAACCAUAUGGAUCUUCAAUAAUGGCUUGUUACUGGGAUGAAAAUAUGUUCAUAGCUGAGAGCUGACGCUUUUAUAAAGCCUGAAUAUUUGGCAAACUUAAAUUUUUUUUGGAUUUUUGAUGAAUGUACUUUUUUGUGCUUCAUGCAGAUUUAUUUGGUUUAAAUAGUGUAUAAAAUAGCAGUGUAAUUUGUCUUCACUUAAGACAAAAGCCAUCUUCCAUAUUUCAAUCCAAUGAUGGCAACUGUCCAAGCAAAUGCACAUAAACAUGUUCUUAUUUUUUUAUUGAGAAUGUUGAUCCGGUGGACAAAAAUGUAAUUAUUUUAUUUCUUUCUCUAUUUUUUUCAUUAACUUCAAGUCUAAUAUCUCUAAAUGUAUAUUAUACUUUUAUUUUAGCAUUUACUUAUUAUAUACUAUAUUACUGUCAUACUGUUCAUAACCAAGUGUGGUGUCCUAACAUUAAAAUUAAAUCGAUUCUAUCCUAUGAUAUGUGUAUAAUAUUCAAUGACAUUCAGAUGUGAUUUUAUCAAAAACUAAAAAAAAUUCAAAUUUUGGUGCUGCUUUGUAUCUAAUUUUCCGAUCUCCCAUUGGCAUAUUUUGUAUGAAAGCAGUGUUUAAAAAAACUUUACAACACAAAAUCGCUUGUCCUGCUUUAUUAAAAUGAUUUUCAGACAUUUAAAUACUUUCUUCAAGUCCGAAUCUUCUUUCAUUCAUACCUUUCAUGCAGUAUAUUUUUCGUUUGAGGGGAUGAUACCGAAAAAGUUGUAUGAAACAAAUUAGUAGCAAAACUGUCAUUCUAAACGGUGUCAUAAAAAUAGAAUUAACUAGAUUUAAAUUGAUAAAAAUAACUUUGUAGAUAGAGCAUGAUUUUAUCAAAUAUUUUUAUUUUCCCGUUUUUAUUGUAUACUGCUCAAAAAAUAAAACAAUUUGUUGUUCAUAGUUGUUUAUUUUUUGGUAAUUUUCCUCCAUGACGGCAUUAAUCUGGGAGAUUGAAGAUUUGGAAAAUCAAAGAAAAACAUUCUCGAACUAAUUAAUAUUAUUGUAUUUGUUCAAGUUUCACCUAAUAUAAAUUCUGAAUCAUUAACUGGAGUUCAUCAUAUUCAACCAUUAUAUCAUCAGUCAAAAAGAAUGUUUUUAUUCUGAAGAUUUUGCUUGUGAUAUUUUUGGGCAGCUUUCAGUCCAUUUUUGGAUGAUACUACCUUGGUAGGAAGUCAAUCAUUUGUCAUGCAUUUUUUAAAUUAUUUAUCGCUCUAAUUGCAAUUUAUUCCACCAGGAACGAUUCAAGUUUAAUAAAAAUAUUCUGGAUUUACUUUCUCUUGACAGUCCGUGAAAGUUAAAAGAUUGCAAAUUUUUACACAACCACAUAUUUUUAUGUGCUGUUCACUUUUGUUUGCCACCUGUCAUAUUUAAGUUAUAUGCAUGGUGUAUAAUUAACUCGUGUCUUUUAAAAUGUCUCCAGCUCAAGUUGAAUUGUCAAAUGAAUGGUGAACCAGGAAUGCCUUUUGUACUUGUUGCUGCUUAAAAUGUUUCGUGACUGCUGAUGCAUGUUAUGCUUAGUAAAAUAAAGCCGUCCCACGUUUC